CCCCCCCACAAUGCAACAGUGCUAUCUCUGGCUAUUCUUAGGCUGUCCCUUCAGCUCCUCUGAGCAGACAAGUUCUCUUCUGUCUCGUCUCUCAGCUUCUGCUUCUUCUUCUUUCUUUGUCUCACAGUUUUGAGGCUCCUUCUACAGCCACACCUCCAUCCAGCUGCCGUUGGGCGUUGAAAUAAAAAGUUUAAUCCCCGUCGUCCUUUUUGGAGGAACUUUUCGUGGAACAAUGAGCACCUACACCGUGUCGCUGCCGGGCCCCGGGCCCUGGGGCUUCAGGCUGCAGGGGGGGAAGGACUUCAACAUGCCCCUGACCAUCUCCAGGAUCACCCCGGGAAGCAAAGCGGCGCAGGGUAACCUGGUGCAGGGUGACGUCAUCGUCGCCAUAGACGGCGUGGGCACCGACGGGAUGACCCACCUGGAGGCCCAAAACAAGAUCAAGAUGGCUAACUACAACCUGGCGCUCACCAUGACCAAGUCAAAGCGUCCCGCUCCGAUGCAGGCACAGAGAUUCGACACCUCCAUGCCCAUGAUCCCGCACCAACAGGUUUUGUCCCCAGCCGCCCCCAACGCCGGCUUCAACCCCGCCGCCCUGCCUACCCAUAAGCCCAUCGAGGUGAAAGGGCCCGGCGGCAACGCCACCAUCAUCCACGCGCAGUACAACACGCCCAUCAGCAUGUACUCGCAGGACGCCAUCAUGGACGCCAUCGCAGGACAAACGCAGGGGAAGGGGCCCGACGGAGGCCCUACUGAGCAUGCUCCGCCUUCUGCCGGCUCCGCCCCCGCCGCUCAGCCGCCCCCGAACCCAGCCUCAACUGGCCACGCCCCUCCCAGCCUGAAGCGACAGUCUGCCGCUGGUUACAGUCUACAGCACAGAGCUGCGGCCUCCAGUCAAUAUGGUCAGCCUCCGGCCACGCACCCGGCCCCACAAGCCCCGCCUCAGCAGCAGUACCAGCCAAUCCCACAGCAGUAUCAGCAGCCAAUCCCGCAGCAGUAUCAGCAGCCAAUCCCGCAGCAGUAUCAGCAGCCAAUCCCACAGCAGUACCAGCAGCCAAUACCGCCACAGUACCAGCAGCCCCCGACUCAACACGCCCCGCCCACUCAGCAAAGCUCCAUUCAGAUCCCUCUUGGCUCCACCCCUCCCAAGGUGGUCAGCACCGCGUGCAUCUACCCAUCGCAACCAGGUCCACCUCCUGUUCCGCUUCAGCCCCACCCUCAAGCUGGUGCCUCAUCCCCGUCUCCGGCAGGCCCCGCCUCCUCUAACCGACCCCCCUGGGUGUCCGACACCAACUUUGCCGACAAGUUCGACCCCGGGAAAAUGACGACCACCACCAAGAAGAUACAGCCGCUGCCCCAGUCCGCUCCUCCUCCCCCGGCCUACGUCUCCAACCCCUCUCCCUCCGCACCCGCAGCUCCUAGCCCCGCCCUCUUCACACCAAGCCCCGCGCCGUUUGCACCUGUGGCGAGGGGUGUGGCCCAAAGGGCGGAGAGGUUUGCCGCUAGCAGCCGCACGGCUCUCUGUGGAUCCUGCAACAGCGUCAUCAGGGGCCCCUUCCUGGUGGCCCUCGGCCGGUCCUGGCACCCCGAGGAGUUCAACUGUCACUAUUGCCACAUGUCUCUGGCUGACGUCAGCUUCGUGGAGGAGCAGAACAAUGUCUACUGCGAGAACUGCUACGAGGAGUUCUUCGCUCCGACCUGCGCCCGCUGCAACACCAAGAUCAUGGGGGAAGUGAUGCGCCUGCGGCAGACGUGGCAUACCACCUGCUGUUGCGCGGCCUGCGGCAAACCCUUCGGGAACAGCCUCUUCCACAUGGAGGACGGGGAGCCGUACUGCGAGAAAGAUUACAUCUCACUCUUCAGCACCAAGUGUCAUGGCUGUGAGUUCCCUGUGGAGGCGGGUGAUAAGUUCAUCGAGGCGCUGGGCCACACCUGGCACGACACCUGCUUCGUCUGUGCGGUUUGCAAUGUGAACCUCGAGGGCCAGCCUUUCUACUCAAAGAAAGACAAACCUCUGUGCAAGAAGCACGCUCACGCCAUCAACGUGUAGACCAAAAAGAUGGAGGCCUGCUGCUCGGCCACCAACGGGGGCAACGCCGCUGGUCAUGGAAAACCAACCCAAGUCGAGGAUGUGUGUGUGUGUGUGUGUAAAUGCUCCUCGUGCAAAAUACUGUUUGUUUUUUCUUUUUGUGCAAUAAUAUCAAUGAUUAAAACGAAGCUGCCUGAUGAUCCCAUCUCAAAAUAGAAAGAAAAAACAAGUCAUGCUUUUCAUGCUGAUGGCCAUUCAACCCACAGUAUUAUGUUCUUUUCAUUUUCUUAUGUUUUCUACCAGAAACUACCUGUGUGCUUAAUGCGACUGUUGUAUGCAGUCUUGGUUGUGCCAAAUGAAAUUUUAAUUAAAAAAGAAAUGGAAACUAAACAUAUGUUAAUAAACUAACUACAAAAAAGCAAUGAUAAAGAUAUUGUUUAAUGAAAUAUUACUACUAAUAAUUUUGAUAAUUUAAUCAUUUGUAACUCAAACUGAUUUGUAUUUUGUGUUGGACAAAAUCACCAAAAAGGUCAUUGUUAAUCUUCACCACAAUAAUUAGCUUCAAAUAAUGGGAAAAAAAUACUCAAUUUAAAUUGAUUUUGAAAUUGAUUUCGCAAUAAUAUUCGACAUUGAAUUACUAUAUCAGUUUUUACAGACAAAAUAAGUAAUACUAUUUAAUAAAAGUUUUGUUUCGAGUUUUGUUGAUGUUUACAAUUAGAUUUUAAACGUAUUUUUAGUAUUUUUUUAAAGAUAUGUAUAUAUAAAUAUAUCGUUUUAUUAUAACACAUAUAUUUUGGGAAAUCAUAUGAUUGCUGAAGUGGCACACCCAAGACUCCGUAAGCUUCAACUUCAAAACUGUAGUUUGUCUCCAGAAUAUUGCUCUCGUCAUGACUUGACUCAGUAAUGUGCCUGGAUUGAGAUUAUUUUAAGAUAUUUUAAUGCUUUUUUUGUCACUCAACCUAACUAAUCUAACAAAAAGAUUUUACUGAUAUUUGGUUCAGUUGACUAUAAUUCUGAAUAGAUCAGAAUCACAGACUGAAUAGAAAGAAAAAUGCCCUCAAACAUCCGUGUGAAGAAUGAAAGCCUUACCGGACGUGUUGUUAGAAGUGAGACUGGCAGCGAAUGUAACUUGAUCAGGUGGUUCCUCCUUCCAACCUUCACCUGUGUGGUCCAAUAUGAAAGACGAUUUAAAGUGCAAAAAGAUACUGUGAGAGCAUCCAGACACAAAGUUACCACAAACAACAACAUAGAGACACAAACACCACAUAGCUGCUAAAAGAGCAGAAAGGGACAGAAAAGAACUAAACAACCACAACAAAGACUCAAAAUCAGCCACAAAGAGCCAGAAUGACUACAAACAGAGAUCACAUACAUGGUUUUAACAGCCACAUUGUUCCUGUACACAGUGUGUAUUCAGAUAGAGCCUCUGCCUGGACUUAUUUCCUGCUCUUGCACAGUAUUUUAGUGUCUUUGUUUUUCCAGGUGACCCCCCGGCUGCUGCAGAGUGUGGAUGGUGUCUGAUGAGUGUAGCUACUAAUCGCACCAUGACUUCACGUAGAGCAGGUGUGACGGUGCAACAAAUAACUUUUCAUUUCAUAUUUAUUUAAAAGCUGAUAUAGCACCACUGCUGUGUUCGGUGCUCUUUAAAUAGUUAGCUGAUUCAUUUUUCUUCUGGUUGUUUGGCAUCACAAGGUGAAGGAAUGUUUUUUUUUUAUUUGUGUCUCUGAUUAUUUAUUGUGUUCAUGUUUGUAGGAGCUUGAAUUCAAUUAUUAUUAGCGGUUGACGGUGCCGCAUAGAGAGGGUUCCUAAUUCCUCCCAGGGCAAAAAGUAAAAAGCUGUAGGUUAAAAAUGCAAUGUAAGUCGCUUUGGAUAAAAGCGUCAGCAAAAUGACCUGUAAUGUGAUGUAUUACAGGAACCUUUGAAGGUGCUAAAGUCCUAAAAGAUUAGGGAUCUUAUUUAUUUUAUCUUGUGCAAAGAUCUAAAAUAAUGUUACUUUUUAGACAGCAAAUUAUAUUUUUGGCCAGCUGAUGAUUGUGAGUACAAUCUUCAUCCUCUUUUAGCUCCGUUUUUGGUCCCGACCAAUAUCUAUCUGUGAUCAAUGUAGAUGAUAUUUUAAACUAAACUCACAGACGGGUGUUUUAGCUUUCAAAAUCUCCCUUCAGACAAACUUAGAAGAAGUAACAUUGCCCGGGAGCUGAACUUUUUACUGUGUUCACUUUAAUACGAGCGUGAACAGAUUUAUAAUCAAUUUCUUGUUUGCUCCAGUUACCAUGUGUUGAAUGAUGCUCUGUUAAAAAAAAAAAAAAGCUGCACCAUGAAGUGGUCCUGUGAUCUUGUAGCAUCGGAUGUGAUGUUUUUACAGUGUGAAUGGAGCCCCGGGUACACUGAAUACUCGGUUUGACAUGGGCUGACUUUUUGGACUUUGAUGCAAGUUAAUGCGUGUUGCCUGCAGCGUAUCGUGCCUUAGGCCCCUCCUUGAUCCGUCUGUCUGACUGGCACACGCUCACUCGUACAGCCGGGAUGUGUUUUUGUGCUGGUGUACAGUUUUUCAUUUUGCGUAUUUUAUACAGUUUGUGUGUUUUUCAAUAGGUGAAUUUGUGCAUGCAGAACGUCACAGUUUGUCGCAGCAUGUUGAGCGAGUCCAUGUCAGUAUUGGUUAGUGUUGGUGUCAAUGGUUAGAACUACGAAGAGCGUUUAAACUGGUUUUGGUGUCAAUGAGCUGUGAAGUGAAACAACAUUAAAGCCGCAGUAUGAAGGAAGGACAUAAGCUGAAGUAACAUUCAGCUGAUUUAAUACAUUUGUUAACAGCUUUUAAAUACCUGUUAAAUAUAUGUGUUGCAAGUUAAAUAAAUUGACCACUUAAAACACAUGA